CGGGACCAGCCGCGGCCCGGAGUUACGCGCCCGCCCCCCCCGAGUGACAGAAGCGCCCGGGCACCGGAGCCGCAGCCGCCGCUCGCGCCGCCGCCCCUCACCCCCGCUCCGGCCCCUCCGGUGUUAUGCGGCGGCCCUGAGGGGCGAGCGCAGCCCGGCAGGACCCGGCGCGGCCCUGAGGGGCGACGGGGUCUCGCCGCGCCUCGCCGGCCAAACCCAUGACUACGGCAAACUGCGGCGCCACCGACGAGUUCGACUUCAGGCUGAUCUUCGGCGAGGACGGGCAGCCCGGCCCCGGGCCGCCGCUAGGGCCCGCAGAGUUGCUGCCUGCCCAUGAACAUUCUGAGGAAGGUGGUCUGUUCCUUGAUCUUGAGUCAGAUGACUGUGCGUCCAUAUACAUCUUUAAUGUAGACCAACCAUCGUCCUCUGUGAAUCAGCCCAUUUGUAUUCCUCGCCACGGACUGCAAUCUCACUCCUCUCCCCUGACACCUCCUACAAGACUUCAGAGCCAUAAGAACUAUGAAGGGACGUGUGAGGUACCAGAGUCCAAAUACAGUCCACUAGGUGGACCCAAACCCUUCGAGUGCCCCAGUAUUCAAAUUACAUCGAUCUCACCCAACUGUCAUCAGGGGAUCGAAGCCAGUGAAGAUGAACUACACACAAAUGGCACAGAAAAUGACUAUAUGGAAAGGCCUUCACGGGACCAUCUCUAUCUUCCUCUUGAGCCAUCAUACAGGGAAUCAUCCCUUAGUCCAAGCCCUGCCAGCAGCAUUUCAUCCAGAAGUUGGUUUUCAGACGCUUCCUCUUGUGAAUCCAUUUCCCAUGUUUAUGAUGAUGUAGACUCAGAGCUAAAUGAAGCAGCUGCUCGAUUUACCCUUGGCUCUCCUUUGGCAUCACCUGGUGGUUCUCCGAGAGGUCCCAGUGAUGAAUCAUGGCAGCAACCUUAUGGAUUUGGGCACUCCUUGUCACCUAGACAGUCUCCCUGUCAUUCUCCUAGAACUAGUAUUACAGAUGAAAAUUGGUUAAGCCCUAGACCAACAUCAAGGCCCUCAUCAAGACCUACAUCCCCUUGUGGGAAACGACGACACUCCAGUGCUGAGAUUUGCUACGCUGGUUCUCUCUCUCCUCACCAUUCUCCAACUCCAUCACCUGGCCAUUCUCCCAGAGGAAGCAUAACAGAAGACACGUGGCUAAACACUUCCAUCCAUAGUGUACAAGGCCUUAAUUCUGGCCUUUCACCAUUUCAGUGUUGUACAGAGACUGAUAUUCCUCUAAAAACAAGAAAGACCUCAGAGGAUCAGACCGCCACUUUAUCUGGAAAGGUCGAUAUCUGUCCUGAAGAGCAGGGUAACUUGUCAUCAUCCCUCGAAACUGCAGUAGAUGAUUGCUCUGGAUCUCAGCACACCUUGAAAAAAGACUUGCCCGGAGACCAAUUUCUUUCUGUUCCUUCACACUUUACUUGGAACAAACCGAAGCCUGGUCAUACUCCUAUAUUUCGCACAUCUUCAUUGCCACCUCUUGACUGGCCUUUACCAAGUCAUUAUGGGCAGUGUGAACUGAAAAUAGAAGUCCAGCCUAAAACUCAUCACAGAGCUCACUAUGAAACAGAAGGAAGCCGAGGAGCAGUAAAAGCAUCUACUGGAGGACACCCUGUAGUGAAGCUCCUGGGCUACAGUGAAAAGCCCGUGAACCUCCAAAUGUUCAUCGGGACAGCGGACGAUCGGUACCUGCGGCCUCACGCCUUCUACCAGGUGCACCGGAUCACUGGGAAAACAGUCGCGACAGCCAGUCAGGAGAUAAUCAUUGCCAGCACCAAAGUUUUGGAAAUUCCACUUCUUCCCGAAAAUAAUAUGUCAGCCAGUAUCGAUUGUGCUGGUAUUUUGAAGCUUCGCAAUUCAGACAUAGAGCUCCGUAAAGGAGAGACAGAUAUUGGAAGGAAGAACACCAGAGUGCGACUUGUGUUCCGUGUUCACAUCCCACAGCCUAGUGGAAAAGUCUUAUCUCUGCAGACUGCUUCCAUCCCUGUUGAAUGCUCUCAGCGGUCUGCUCAAGAGCUUCCUCAGAUUGAGAAGUACAGCAUCAAUAGUUGCUCAGUAAAUGGAGGUCAUGAAAUGGUGGUGACAGGAUCCAAUUUUCUUGCAGAAUCCAAAAUUAUAUUUUUUGAAAAAGGACAAGAUGGACGACCUCAGUGGGAGGUAGAAGGGAAAAUAAUUAGGGAAAAGUGUCAAGGGGCAAACAUCGUACUUGAAGUUCCUCCAUACCAUAACAAAACCAUUACAGCUGCAGUUCAGGUGCAGUUUUAUCUCUGCAAUGGCAAGAGGAAAAAAAGUCAGUCUCAACGUUUUACUUAUACACCAGUUAUAAUGAAGCAAGAGCACAGAGAUGAGGUGGAUCUGUCUGCUGUUCCAUCUCUGACCCUUCCACACACAGGCAACGUCCAGGGCCUGCAUUCGAUCCGAACUCAGCUGCCUUCACCAGAGCAAGGGCACCCACAUGACAAUUUGCUGUCUACGUCACCCAGGAGCCUUGUGUGUCCUGUUCAAGCACCGUAUACAGCAAUGGUGACCUCGGCAGUGUCCCACCUGCCACACAUGCAAGGAAACACUUUUUAAUUCACUUGAAGAAACAAGGGAUCAACAUGCAUGAGGAUACCUAGAUAUGAAAAUAAAAUUAUAUUACAGAAAACAUUUGAAACAACACAAUUUCAAAGUAAUAUUUAUUGUAUGUUACUACUUCAAAUGUGUUCUGGAAAACUCCUCUUUUCCGCUUAGGUCUUUACCAGCUUAGGCUGCACAAGCUGGUAAACUUUCAGACUAGAACUAUGUGAAAGCAGCUUCUUACACUUUAUUUGUCCCAUCUGCUUUUUCUCUCCCCUGGUGUGUUGUUGGACCUUUUUUCCCUUAGUGUCGUUCAGCAAGUAGCCCUCUGCCCAACCCCCCGGGUUAACACUGCCCUGGAUAGACAGUGGAAUGGUUAGGGCUGCAAAUAGGUGUAAACAAGGCAGCUGCAGUGACAGGAAACAGGCAGCUGGUCAUUUCUAUCCUUUCCCAUACCCGUCAUCCAUACUGUGCUCUGCUGCAUAUUCCUCUAAUAAAGGUCCCAUUUCUUCCCCACUUGAAAAAAAAGCUACUCAAAGUCAGACUCAGUGUAGUUAUAUGAUGAGGCCUUAUUAAUUUCCCCUCAGUCUGAUUUAAAAAGUGCUCCUAGUGUGAUGGUUUAGCUAUCCCACUGUCAAGUUUUAGAUUUAAAUCUAUUCUAAUACUGUUGAUCUAAAAUUUAAUCUCUUGUGGUUUGCAGUUUAGAAGGGAGUUUACCUUGGAUUUCAUGGCUUUCUACAGUGAUGAGAUUUCUAGCAUGUACAGCUGUAUUUAACCAUUUUGAAGGUAUUAUGUUAGGCUGUAUUCAGCAAAUCAGGAUGACCUUCUACUAAUCCUCUUACAUUUUGUAACUCAUUGCAUCUCCAUUACAUAAAUCUGGAGAUUAGAAAAGCCAGUAUGUGGAUUUACUAUAAAUCAUAACUAGAAAUCCCCUAACCAUUUUGUGUAUAUAAAGCAAUAAGUCUGCUUUGUCAGCCACAUUCCAUGUAGAAUUCUAAGCCAUUAGCAUUCAUUCAUUUUAGUAGUUCUGUGAUGACUCUCUAGCUGAUAAAGUCUCUUGCUGGGAAGCUCAGAUUAUUCUAUCUUGGCUAGAAAAUGUGUACAUCAUUACAGGUUGCUUUUUACUGUAGCUUCAGCUUAAUUUCUGGAUAAUCAAAGUAGUAAUUAAUAAGAAAAUAUUGUAGAAUGACUAUACUUUGUAUUUCUGCCUAUAUUUAAAACUUAUGCAAUAACAGGUCAUUCCUAAUUAAGGCAGUGUCCUGCCAAAUGGAGCAUUCAGAAAAUACUGAAUGAAAGAGUCUAGCUUAGUAUGGAGGAGAGCAGCUCAAAAACCUGUUGUCUUGCUGGUGCAGCUCAGACUUGAGAUGUACAUCUCAAAUCGAAGGUGGUUUUACUCUCUCCUAAGCAUGGAACAAAAUGUUGCACCUUGCAGCAUGCCCAGCAUGGGUUAAGAUCCAGACUGAGCAGUAGUUUAAAAGCAAAAGGUUGGAGCGGUGAGGAAAGGUGGAGAGUGUUAUCCAUCAGGGGUUGUCAGCAGUUAAAGGAGGCUAUGACCAUAUCUUCUAGUGGAUUCAUCGUGUUCAUAAAAUUUGUGACAGCAAGGCAUCUAUUGAGAAGACCAGUUACAGACUUCUGAUUUGUAAAAAUGUCAGUUAAAUCCUCCGGUGUCUGACCAGCUCUCCCUCGGAGAGCCACAGGACAUCUUGUAACGAAUGCAAAGUAAGCUCAACUAGUAGUACCACUGCAGAAAUAUUUCCAUUUAAGGAUUAGAAGAGGUUAGAGACUUCUUCCAUGAGAGCAAGUGGCAUGUCUGCAUCGUGGUGUAGGUGCUGGCAAUAGCAGCAGAGCUGGAAGGAGCUCAGCAUGCCUUGUGACACUGCAAAAAUACACUGAGACACUUCAGCACUGCUUUCCACUGCACAGCACAUGUCCUCUAGCACCAAAGCUCAUGCUUAGUCCUGGCUCAGACUCAUCUCUCUCCUUGUGUGAGAGAAGGGGGUAAACAUGACUUAAGGGAGUUGGGUUUACCAGGAUACAGAAAUGCAGAGUGUGACAUCAUGACCGAGACACGAACAAGGUAUUUGUUACUGUACCACAUAACUGCAGAGCUUGUGCUUUGACUCUGCAGGCACCUGCAGCUUCUCUGUGCAGCUAUAAAGAUAAUGUGCACAGGAAAACUGUACUCCUCCAGCAUUUCAUGCAGCCUUAUUUUGUCAGUUAAUAAAAAAAGUAGUACUUCUUAGUAAAGUUGGCAUCAAACCUGAAAUUAUUAAAAGCAAGUCUGGCCUAUGACUUGGAAUGAUGAUGUGCAAGGCAACCCACUGUGUCCUUGGUGGUUUGCCAUAGCAGACAUGGCCUGGCAUAUGACUGAUUUGGUGUCAAACGAGCAGAAUCAGCUGUGGCUGCUCCACAGCACAGAGGACUGAGGCUUAAUUAUAGCCUGGCAGCUUUUUCUUUUUUGUUGUUAGGGAAAGUUGACACUCUAUUAGUUGCUGGUCAUGUGGAGUCAAAACCAGGCUAAAUAUACUGCACUGAGCAAUGUGAUGUAGUUACAGGGAUUCUUCACAUAAAUGCAGCUGAUAGAGUUCUUUCUGGAGUUGACAACAAAGGCCUGUGUGUGAGGAAAUGUGUGCUGCAGUCUGUCCAUAGCGUUCUUUGAGGUUUACUGAUCAUUGUUGCCUCUGUCAAUAGAGCGAUUCACUCAGCCCUCCCCUAAACACACAAAGACAAUUGUAUCAACUUCUUUUUGUGGGGCAUGUUAAGAAACUCUUACUUCCUGUAGCUACACUACAAUCACAUAUCCCAAAAUAUUUUUGGAAAGCCACUUUUCUAAAACUAGUACAUCUUCUAGGUUUAAGUCCCAUUGCCCACACAUCCUACUUUCAGUUCAGCAGCAAUAAAGGAUACACAGGCUAAACUUCUAAUUGGAUGGUGCUAUAAAAAAGGAAGUUAGUUGACUCCUGUAGGAAGAGAUUCUGAAAAUCAAAUGGUAUAACUCCAGUAGCCUUUUGGUCUGCCUGUAUCCAUAACAGAGCUCUAAUUUUAAGAUGACUUCCUACUCUGACCCAAAUCUGAUGCAGAUAAUUGAAGGUUUAAAGCUUUUCUUAACCUUUCUUUACUUAAGGGAUGAGUCAAGACAAAGAAGUCAUUCAUAAAAAUAUGAAUUUUUCAUCAGUUAAACAGAUCUAAAGGGUGUCAGGUUUCUUGAUUUUUGUUUCAAUUUAAUAGUUUUAAUUUUGGUUUUAUAUUCUUUCAGUACAGAACACAUUUUCAUAGUGCUUUAAGAUGUAAAAAACUUUCUCAAAUGUUUAUGAAAUUAUGAGGUAGAAAGGUAUUUUUAAUAUACGUUUACCUGGUAGCUCAAGUUCUAUCUAACUUACUUGCAUGUUGAACAAACCUCUUAUGCUACAUAACACACUUGAAAAGGCUGAUGCUUUAUUUACCACGUUUCCCGAAUACGUAGUGUGUGCCCAAGGCACAUGUGCUUCAUUCUAGAGGGUGCUGGCUGGAGACAUGUUACGUGUGCUAUGCAUGACAAUUUGUCAGGGGUUGAUAAAAGCAAACAUUCAGUAUUUGGCAGCUUUGUUAGGGCACACGAGAACCUCAGAAUCCCUCUAAGUAUGAAAUUAAUUAGAAAAACUGCUCAGAAUCAUAUUUCCCUGCUAGAGUGACAGAUAACCCUCACUGUAUAGGCUGUGCUGUCUUUAUGGUGCACAGCCUGUUGCUUUAGGAGCUAAUGAACUGCACUGUUCUCUCCGGAGGUUUUUUUGACAGUGUUUGUUGUCUGCUCCUUUGAAAGCUGUGCCUUUAAAGAGGGUUGCUGGCAAACAUUAAUUUGUUUCCCCUUGAGGUAGUUUCCUGCCCAUCUCCCUGGUUUCAUUAGAUCUUUAUUUAAAUAUCACUUUCUUGCUGUUUCUACCAUAAUUGGUGGAGGAAAAUGCUCUUUUCUUAAUCUCCUAUUAUUUGACAAGAAUUUAUCCUUAAUCUAUUCCUUUCCUUCACAGUGGCAGUGGGCAUUUUCAUUGAAACCCAGAUAAAGCUUUCCACUUCCCAUUUAAAUACAUGUAACUUUACACUUUGAACAAUUAAGCAUAAGAAGUCACCCAAAGAAGUCAUUUGAGCUGCUUGAAUUUCAGAAGGAAGUAAGAGGAGACUCAUUCUCCUGGGAGUGACCCCUAAGCAGGGCUUAAAAACCAUGCUGGCAAAACAAGUGUGUGCAUCUAUCCAGAAGGCACAAAUUGGCCAAGGUCCAGAGUAAUUUUGUUAAUUGUGUAAAAGCCUAAUUUACUAAACUUGCAGCUCUGUCUUGCACAGGAAAAAAAAAACAACUAUAUCCAACCCUGUACAGUGUUGUAAGCUCUGCAUAGCCACCAGUCACAACUGAAUAAACACACACUUGUUGGUUAAAGUAAUGAACACACUAUUUGACAUUGAUUUUUUCUUCCAGGAAAAGCAGUUCAGUGAAACACAGCUCUCCACUUCCUCUGGGAUUUCUCACAUGACCUUGGUCUCAGAGAGCCACCUGUGCCAAGAUAGUACUUGGUAUUCUGGCACUUGGAUCUGUGUGUGGUCUGACUGCAGAGCAGUACCUUGGACAAAGUGUACAGACAGUGUGACAAGUAAAGAGGAAGACAAUAGCUGUGUACAGGGACAGUUUCCUUUGGUUAAGGGAUAGGGAAAAUAGCAAUAAAAGUUUUAUUUACUAGUACUCUUUUGCCUACCUUGUUCAGUGGAGUUGCUGUCAAGGGGCAACUUUUUAAUUUGACCACAGUAAGUAAAGCAGAUUGAGAAAACUGCAGGAGGAAUGUCUUAAACUAACACAAAUACUAAAACAAACUUAAGUAGUAUAAAAAUCAUGAUGAUACAUCUAGGCAGACAUCCAAAAAUAUUAACCAUUACCUUUAUGGCUGCUAACUGAAAAGUAACUAAGUAUACAAGAUAAGUGAUACUGUUUUUUAUAAGCACUCUGAUAAUUUAUAAAUAGUUAUUUAUGUCGGCUUACGCAGUAGUUAGUUGUGAAUGAAGCUGGGUAUUUAAAUUUAGUGCUAUUAAAAGAAAAAUGAAAAUCACUUCCUCGUUGAGUGAACUGUAACUUCUUGGUUUAGUCCAGUCAGUAGUUAUG